UACAUGGGAUGAGCAGAGACUGCGGGACAUAGUACAUUAGAUGACCAGAGACUGGCGGACACAGUACAGGAGAUGACCAGAGGACUGCGGACAUAGUACAGGAGAUUUCCAGAGACUGCGGACAUAGUACAGGAGAUGACCAGAGACUGCGGACACAGUACAGGAGAUGACCAGAGAUCUGCGGACAUCCGGGUGCCCACUGCGCAAAGCGCAACGCUUCUCAAACAUGCGCAGUGGGCACCCGGAUGUCACAGAAGCCACCGUGGGAAGACUGCAGCGCCU